UGCUGAUAAUACAGCAGAUAAUAGGGAGAUUAUCAGUGGUUUUGUUGGUCCUUCACACUUCCUAUCUAAUCACAUGACUUUAUAUAGAGCUAGCUAGGGCCGGCCUAUAAGUGUAUAAGGUUAAGGAGUGAGUAGCCACCAAGGCUAACUGUCAAUGGCCACUCAAGCAACCCCCGACCAUUCUCCAGAGUAUCUGUCCUUCCAAGAUAACUUUGAAGCAUUGGUGUCCACAUUCAAAGCUCAACCUGCUGCAUACGCUGAUAGCCUCUUCUCCAAUGGCUACAUACCAGAUGAAGUUCUCGAGUACUCUAGACUGAAUGGAGUUAUGGACUCGGAUAAAUCUCGAAAGAUUCUGGAUACUAUCAUCCAUCGAAUUAAGCUCAAUCCCAGUGUAUUCCACGGCUUUAUUGCUGCCAUCGCUGGCCCUUCUACUGACGAUGUUGUCAAGAAGCUACACGAUAGUUACGAGCGUCACAAGACUGCGACCAGCCGUGUUGAACAGCCGCAACUCUCUCCACCCACACACCAGCAACCUCCACCAGAGGCUCCGACGUCCUUCAGUUUCCCGUACCUUGACACCUCUAGCCUUGAUGAGGAUGAUAGAAUUGAAAUGGAGGAUCGGCUCAUAGCGGAUACAACGAAAAUGAUGAUUAGGUUCACUGCUUUUACUCUAAUUAUACAAGAGUCAUUUGAAAAACGUAUCCCAUUGGAUAAGAUUAAAGAUUUUGUUCUCAGCCUCGACGCUUUCAACAACGGGAUUGGAGUCAAAGUGCUUGAUCCACAAGAUAAGCAAGAAAUCAAAAAUGCCAAAAAUUUGGCCCAGGUCUUCAUGACUCUACGUGAUUACAUCUCCUUCUUCAACUAUGAGAUAGUGCAGUACCUCAUCGAGCUGCUGGGAUCACCAGACGACCAAACACAACUGCGUGAGUAUUGCUCUGCACUUGAUCAGUUCUGUAAGCGAAAUGUGUUUGAAGUUCCGGCCGAAGCUUUCUCUUCAAAAUCUCGUAUCAAAACGGCUAAAGUGUUUGUUCUCAAGCUCACUGAGCGAUCGCGAGUAACCACACUGGAGUAUGUAAGAAGGCUGACACGAAGAAUUGCUGAAGCCCUUGGUCUACAAAGAGCAGCGCUACAACUCUGUUCAAUCAAACAAGGCUGCUUGGAGCUCCACUUUCUCGUCACUGUAGCUGUUGCCAAGUGUAUCUACCCAGUGUCCCCUACUGUACAGGCAGCUCUCAGUGCGAUGGGGGUCAAAGUUCUCACCUGUGGAAGUACGGAUGAGGUGGAGACAUUUCUGCUGGAACAGGAUCUGAACAAACUCAAACUAGAAGGUGUUGAGGAGAUGUCUAAAGACACAAGAACGAGCACGACAACCUUCACUCAAAUGAAGGACACUAAAGAGAAGAUGUCUGACUAUCUCACAAUAGCAGAUCUAGGAGAUCUAUACAUAGCUACGUUUGAUGCUCGAAUCAAGUGGAGAAACUUCUUGCUAGUUCUUAAAAUACCCUCGGAUACCAUCGACAGCAUUGGUACAAAAUGGAGAGAUGAUCCUGAUGACUGCUAUCGUGAGGGUUUGAAAGAAUGGCUGAAAGGUAGUGAGAGACGCUGGGAAGAUGUUGUCAAAGCUUUGUCCAGUCCCAUUGUGGGCCACGUUCACAUAGCUAAUACCAUCGAGAAAGAUCAUCUACAGUCUACUGAUGCAAGCAAUCCUACUGAUGUGAAGUCAGAGGUUGACCAAAACUGCCAGAAGAUCAACGAUGAUUUGACUGUUUUCUUAGACGAACCUCUCGGUAAAGGUGCAUUUGGAGCAGUCUUCAAAGGCAGCUACAAGGGCGAGAUAUGUGCAGUCAAAGUGCUGCUUCACGACGCUAUGGAGAUGCAGGCAAGUAUUCCAAUCGGCAAAAACGAAGAAGCUAGCAAUGCAAUUGAUCGUGAGAGUGAUUUUCUCAAGUCGUUCCAGCACCCAAACGUUGUUCAGUUUUUGUCGACUGCCAAGCACCCCAAAUCAGGGAGUACAAUCCUCGUUGUUGAGCUGAUGGAUUGCAAUCUGAGAUCCUAUUUCUCCGGCCUUGAUGAAGAGUCCCUCACUAGCGAAUGUGAAAUUAGCCUCUCCAAAGACAUGGCUUGUGGUCUGGCCUACAUUCACAGCAAGCAGAUUAUCCAUCGUGACCUCUGUGGUGAUAAUGUCUUGCUGAAGCUUACACGACCAGUGCCUGUCGCAAAGAUAUCCGACUUUGGCAUGUCACGGCUAUACGAUCCCUCCAAGCUUAGCCACACCCUCACAGCCAUUGGUCACCGUAUGGGGUAUCUACCUCUCGAGGCUAUUCGAUUGGACAAGGAUAAUUACGAUGAUAGCCUGGAUGUGUUUUCCCUUGGGGUGAUUAUGGUACAGAUUGUUCGCAAGCUAAAGACGAUCAAAUCUGUGGAAGAUCGAUCAUUCCAUGUUGCCCAGAUCCCUCACACACACAGGUUGAGGAAGCUUAUCGACAGUUGCUUGCAAGAAGACAUGAGGAGGAGACCAUCUGCCAGGGACAUCUAUGCGGACCUGACAAGGGGCUUAGACACAGUGGAGGCAACAAAGAGGGAGUCAAAGGACGCUCAACCAGUCAAGAAGGCUCACAGGGAGCAGAUUGAGCACAAAGAUGCUGAGCUGGUCAGGAGAGACGCCAUCAUUCAACAGCAGAGACAGGGUCCCCCUCCCAGAGAGUUGAGACCUCCACUCACUCUGAAAUGCAGAAGGGGAAAAGACAUGCCAAUCAAGAUGGGUGGCUCGGUACAGAGUGUUGUUAUCGGUGACACGGUGUAUGUUGGUGGAGGGUUUGCAGACAAUGAUCAUGACAGGUGUACAGUGAUGAAGCUCGAGCAAGAUCAAUGGACCAAACUACUAGAGUACACUGCCAUGUGGUUCGCUAUGACAUCACUCGCUAGUCGACUAGUGCUGGUGGGAGGAAUUGAUUCAAGAAACAAAAAAUGCACCAAUCAGCUUGCAGUGUUUGAAUCAAGGGAAUGGACUCACCCGUACCCACCAAUGAACAUUGCUCGUUCUCACUCAACAGCUGUCUCCUUCAACGACCACAUCAUUGUAGCUGGUGGGAAUGAUGAUAAAGGACGUACCCUCUCCUCUGUGGAGGUGUUGGACGUGGCAUCAAGAAGAUGGUACAUUGCUCAGUCACUACCUAACCCACGAUCAGUACUGAAAUCGACUCUCAUAGGAAACACCCUCUACCUAAUGGGAGGGUGGGAUCACAUUGGGGUAACCAAGACAGUGCACAACGUCGACCUCACUGAACUCGUUGCAAAGGCCCAUUCGAACCUGGACACACCCACUCUCUGGCAGACCUUACAGGAAGCACCACUCGAGUUGUCAGCUCCUCUCAGUAUUGGGAGGUCACUAUUAGACGUUGGUGGACGGGACGACAGACACAACCCAAGUUCAUCGAUACACCUCUACCAGCCUGACACCAGGAGGUGGGUGAAAGUGGGAGACCUGCCUACUGCACGAUACUGCUGCACAUGCUCAGUACUUCCUAGUGGAGAUGUCAUUGUAACGGGAGGACUGACAGAACUAUUAGAGGCAGAACUGUUUAUUACUGAUUAUAUUCAAACUGUUGAUUUCUUCUCUAUAAGUGCUAAUUAGUUAUUUUGUUAAUUGUUUCUCUUUAAUUGUGCGAUGAGUUUAUAACGAUAUUGAUAUUCUUUUUAUCAUGUUGAGAAAAUUAAGUUGCAACAAAA